CUCUCCCCCACCAUCCUCUCCUCCCCAUCUCUCUCUCUCCCCUCCUUCUCCACCCUAUCUCCCCCCUCCAGGCCAGGAGUGUUUCAACUCUCGCUCCCUGGCCCUCCAGGCACAGAAGAAAAUCCUAUCCAAGAUGGCGACCGUGGCGGUGGCCAACCUCCUGACGGACGACGUCAGCAGUGAGAUCCUGGACGAGCUGUACAAGGUCAGCCGGGAGUUCACCAAGAGUAAGAAGGAGGCCCACAAGAUCGUCAAAGACGUCAUCAAGAUCGCGCUGAAGAUCGGUAUCCUGUACCGCAACCACCAGUUCAGCCCAGACGAACUGGACACGGUCGAGCGCUUCAAGAAAAAGAUGAACCAGGCAGCCAUGACGGCGGUCAGCUUCUACGAGGUGGACUACACGUUCGACCACCGCAUUCUGUCAGAGUUGCUGCUGGAAUGCCGGGAUCUUCUGCAUGCGCUGGUGGAGCAGCACCUGACCCUGCGGUCGCACACUCGCAUCGACCACGUGUUCAACCACUUUGCCCACGGGGAGUUCCUGGCCGAGCUGUACGGAGACGGAGAGGAUUACAGACUGUACCUGAGGAAGAUCUGCAACGGGAUCAACAAACUGCUGGACGAGGGAACGCUUUAACCUCUGACCCCUGAUCUCUCACCUCUCACCUGACAUUUGAACCUGCUCCUCCCUUCCUAUUACUCAAUCUCCAUGGUUGCGGCUCAAUAAUCCCCCCUUUCUCCUGAAGUGUGCACUUGUUCACCUACCUUCAUGGAUUUGAAAGGAAAUUAUUGGUAUAUGGAACCUCCUUGUAGCCCAUGCCUACACUAAUCCAAUAUUUUUACAUUUGUGGGGAGUAGCAGAUGAGUGCACACUUCAGGAAGAAGGAGAGAUUAUUGGGACACACUCCUCCUCUUCCUCCGGUCUCUCCACGGAUCUGCUUUCCCUCCUGUCAUUCCUUCUCUUUUUAAAAACCCUGAUCUGUUCUAUCUUUAACCUUCUUUUUCCUCCUGUUCUCCCACUUCCUCCUCUCUUUUCUCUCCUCUU